CUCUCAAAUGCAGCCGAGGACCGCAAAGCCCGCCUCGCCGCUCUCAAAUCUCUAAAGCGCAAACAACCUUCGGAUCCCACAGAAGCAGACGACAACACCCUCACAUCAGAAGACCCUGCGCAAUCAGCGGACGUGUCAUCCAUCAUCCUCUCAGGCAGAAACUACGAUGCCACAACACGCGCUCCCAAACUCGGCUUCGAGAACGACCCUUCAGCUCAAGAGAAUACGCUAGAAAGAAAAGCACAAGAGCUAGCUGCUGCGACCAAAAAGCAAGCAGAGGAAGAAGCUGCUGCACAAGACAAACCUCUGGAUUUAUUCAAACUGCAACCAAAGAAGCCGAAUUGGGAUCUGAAGCGUGACCUGGACCGAAAGUUGGACAUCUUGAACGUGCGCACCGAUAAUGCCAUUGCAAAGCUGGUCAGGCAGAGAAUUGCUGCUGCACAGGCUGAGAAGAGAAAGGGAACUGGUGUGACGACGGGUAACGAAGGCGAGGCUGUGGGUAUGGAGGGUGCCGAAUUGCUCGAGGCUACCAAUCUAAGAGAGAAGGAAGAUGAAGAGGAGGCCAGGAGAGAGGAGGAA